AUGCGCUGCGUGCCGGGCUCCGUCAACAUCCAUGUAGCCACGCAACCAAGCACGCCUCCCAAAGGACCCAUUGAUCCCGACAAGGUUGCAUCCACUAUUGUCGAGCUAAUCAAUUCGGCCCUGGAGAAGCAAGACUUGCCGAGGCUCGCUGGUCUGUUUGUCGACAACGGAUACUGGCGAGAUCAUCUGGCCCUGUCGUGGGCAUUCCGGACGCCCUGCUCCCCCCCGGCGAUCCAGCAAUUCCUGCAGGACUCGGCUAAAUCGAGAGAUGGGUUCCGACUGAAGAGCGUUGCCAUCAACUCGACCUCAAAGGACAGGGCGCCUCAGAUCACCAAGCUCGACAAUGAGGGCAAGGUCGAUGGCGUGCGCUUCUUCACCACCUUGGAGACGGCCAUUGGUCGGGGCAGUGGCCUAAUUAGGGCAACGGAAGACAAUGGCCAGUGGAAGAUAUACACAAUGUACACUCGCCUCGACGAGAUCAAGGGCCACGAGGAGGCCCUGAACCAGAGACGACCUCGCGGUGUCGAUCACGGCGGACAUCCAGGACGCAAGAACUGGGCAGAGAGACGACAGGAGGAGUCCAACUUCUCCGAGAAGGACCCAACUGUCCUCAUUGUCGGCGCCGGACAAGCUGGUCUCACCGCUUCAGCGCGUCUCAAGAUGCUUGGGAUCCCUGCCCUCAUGAUCGAUUCCAACGCCCGCAUAGGCGACAACUGGCGCAAGCGCUACCACCAGCUCGUCCUCCACGACCCGGUCUGGUACGACCACCUGCCCUACAUGCCGUUCCCCGCGCAGUGGCCCGUCUUCACGCCCAAGGACAAGCUCGCCGACUUCUUCGAGGCGUACGCGAAGCUCCUCGAGCUCGACGCCUGGACAAGCACUGAACUCGUCAAGACCGAGUGGGACGCCGGGACCAAGACCUGGAGUGUCGCCGUCAAGAGGGCAAAGGCCGACGGCACGAGCGAGACGAGGACGCUGCACCCCAAGCACCUGAUCCAAGCCACGGGCCACUCCGGCAAGAAGAACGUGCCCGACCUCCCGGGUGCGGCGGAUUUCCAGGGUCACCGCCUCUGCCACUCGUCCGAGUUCCCUGGCGCCCGCCAGAACGGCCAGGGCAAAAAGGCUGUCGUCGUCGGCUCGUGCAACUCGGCCCACGACAUUGCGCAGGAUUUCCUCGAAAAGGGCUACGACGUGACCAUUGUGCAGCGCUCCAGCACGCACGUCGUGUCGAGCAAGGGCAUCACUGACAUUUCAAACAAGGACCUAUACUGCGAGGGAGGCCCGCCCGUCGACGACGCAGAUCUGCUCGUCCAUGGCUUGCCGACCUCUGUGCUCAAGGCAGGCGAGCGCGCCACGCGUCGCAAGCACGAGGCGCUCGACAGCGAGAUGCUAGCGGGUCUGGCCAAAGCUGGCUUCAAGGUCGACAAGGGGCCCGACGACGCGGGUCUCAUGUUCAAGUACUUUCAGCGCGGCGGCGGCUACUACAUUGACGUGGGCGCGAGCGCGCUCAUCGCGUCGGGCGACAUCAAGGUGAAGCAGGGCCAGGAAAUCGAGCGCGUGCUGCCCAACGGACUGCGGUUCGCCGACGGGUCCACGCUCGAGGCGGACGAGAUUGUGCUGGCGACGGGGUACCAGAACAUGCGGACGCAGACGCGCCUCAUGUUUGGCGACCACGUGGCCGACAGGGUGGACGAGGUCUGGGGCCUGAACGAGGAGGGCGAGUUCAGGACCAUCUGGCAGCCCAGCGGCCACCCGGGCUUCUGGUUCCAUGGCGGCAAUCUUGCGCUCUGUCGCUACUAUUCCAAGCUGCUCGCGCUGCAGAUCAUGGGGCUGGAGGCAGGUCUGUACAAGGAGGGCGAGAUUUAG